AAAAUAAAAAAAACAGAGAAUCUGAAGAUCGUAGAAGAAAUCGAAGAAACGCUUGUUACCAAUUAGAAACCCUAGCGAGCGGAGGAAGGAGACAAAGAACGAGACUUUGAGAGACGAGAGAGAGAUUUCAAUUAGAAUCUUGAAAUCAAGACAUAGGAGAAAGGUUUAGUGAUGGGUAAGAAGAAGAAGAGAGCUUCAGAGAAGGUGUGGUGUUAUUACUGCGAUAGAGAGUUUGAUGAUGAGAAGAUUCUUGUGCAGCAUCAGAAAGCUAAGCACUUUAAGUGUCAUGUCUGUCAUAAGAAGCUUUCUACAGCUAGUGGCAUGGUGAUUCAUGUUCUUCAGGUUCAUAAAGAGAAUGUUACAAAGGUUCCUAAUGCUAAAACGGGUCGAGAUUCAACUGAUAUUGAAAUAUAUGGAAUGCAAGGAAUUCCACCCGAUGUCUUGGCUGCUCAUUACGGAGAAGAAGAGGAAGAGCCUCCAGCCAAAGUUGCAAAAGUUGAGAUUCCGUCCGCCCCUCUUGGUGGUGUAGUUCCUAGACCAUAUGGAAUGGUAUAUCCGCCUCAACAAGUUCCUGGUGCUGCACGACCAAUGUAUUAUCCUGGUCCUCCUAUGCGUCAUCCUGCUCCUGUAUGGCAAAUGCCACCUCCUCGUCCACAACAAUGGUAUCCACAAAAUCCAGCUCUUUCUGUACCUCCAGCUGCCCAUUUAGGGUAUCGACCACAACCACUUUUUCCUGUUCAAAAUAUGGGGAUGACUCAGCCAACCUCAGCUCCUGUCGUACAACCUUCACCAGUCACUGGAGUAACUCCUCCUGGGAUUCCUUCAUCAUCACCUGCAAUGCCGGUUCCUCAACCUCUGUUCCCUGUUGUGAAUAACAGCAUUCCUUCUCAAGCUUCACCAUUUUCUGCUCCUCUGCCUGUUGGUGGGGCUCAGCAACCGUCUCAUGCAGAUGCUUUAGGAUCAGCAAAUGCUUAUCCACCUAACAAUUCUAUUCCAGGUGGGACUAAUGCUCAUUCUUAUGCCUCUGGCCCAAACACUAGCGGUCCUUCAAUUGGUCCACCUCCUGUAAUUGCAAAUAAAGCUCCUAGCAAUCAGCCUAAUGAGGUCUAUCUUGUAUGGGAUGAUGAAGCGAUGUCUAUGGAGGAAAGAAGAAUGGCCUUACCGAAAUACAAAGUGCACGAUGAAACCAGCCAGGUAAGUUCUGAUUUGCCCUUUUUAAAGUUAAGAAGAGUUUGCUUUUGCACGUCUAACCCAUUUGGUAGGCUUUAUUUAUACUUUUCUAUUCCAGAUCCUAUUGUUUCUGUGCUAAGAGGUACCACCAUAUUAUUCAGUUUAUAAUUUCUUACCUUAGAAUAUGAUAAGAAUUACUUAGGCAAAAAACUGAGCAUUUUGAAUCAUUAAUGUUUGAAAGGUAUCAUUAGUAGCUAUAGUACUCGUACUCGCAAUAGGUAGUGAAGAAAAUUGCGUUUGUAUCUGUUUGUUUUUCAUUAUAUUUCCUCUGUCUCUUGUAUUGUAUAAAAAAUGUGGUGAUUGGUUCCACAAGAGAUCAUACUCUACAGGUUUGGUUUCAAACCCAGGUCAGCUCUUUUUAUAUUCUUAACUUUGCAAAGUUUGGCGCCUUUGCACAAUCACAAGGCCUUGGGGAACCAAAACGAAAACUCGCUUAACUCUUUCAAAAUAAAGCAUCCAACUUUUAAACUCAGAACCAAGUUUGUUUCUUUUGGUACUUGUUGCAGAUGAACUCAAUAAAUGCAGCCAUAGACAGACGAAUCUCAGAAAGUAGGCUUGCUGGGCGAAUGGCGUUUUAGAAUUUGGCACCAAACCAAACCCGCGUUAAAGAAAAGGCGAUAUGAUGGGGGGCUUUGUUACAACAAGUCUUCACUCACUUUUGUUCAGAUUUUCAGAUACUGAAUUUAUGAUCUGAUUUUAAGUUAUUACUUUCCAUCUGUUGUAUUCUUUAGCCAGGUGAGUUAGUUUUACCUUUGCAUUGUUUUAGGGAUGUCAGAGAUGUUUUUUCUCAGAAGUUUAGUCCUUUUUUUUUGUCGUUGGAGACUUGGAGGAAGAACUUUGUCUCCUUUUCUUCUGAAUUGAUCAAAGUAUUAUAUUAUACAGAUUCACCCAAAA